AUGGGCGAUCAGGAACCAGAUGUCAAUAAUCAUAUUUAUGAGGAACAUUAUUUGGCUAGUGAUGAUGACAAUGUAAUUGAAGAUCUCGAUUUUCCUGAUAAUGAUACACUAUAUAAUGACGGAUUUCAAACAGGAGAAAGCAGUAAUCCUAAUUUAGAGGACGCAAAUAAUGAUGAAGACGAAAAUCACUUCGUUGAUGAAGAUAUAGAGGUUAAUAUUGAUUACAGUGAAGGACAACCACAUGUUACUCAUGAUUAUGUUUCUCUUGGUGGCACCUUGUAUUGGACUCCGAUUGUUUUAGACGACAUCAAACCAAAAGUUUCAUCAAAAUUUAAUUCAUAUGGUGAAGCAGAAACAAUGUAUAGAAAAUAUGCAUUAGAAUCUGGUUUUGAUGUCAGGCUUGGAAGAGUCCAAAAAAUGAAAAAUGGGAUUAUUACAAAUAGACAUCUUGUGUGCAAUCGGGAAGAGCGACAUAAUCAUGAGUUGUUUAGCAAAGGCAAUAUGCACUUAUCUCGUUCAAAAAGAAAAGUUGAUUAUUCCCAAGAAAUUUUCAUUCAUAAUUUGUCAAAACAAAACAUUGGCCCUGUAAAAGCACAUAGACUGUAUAGUGCUCUACAGGUUGGUCCUUCGGUUCGAGGUGGAUUGGUUACUGAUUUCAAGAAUGCUAGGAGGAAUCUUAAUUGUUACAUAGGUGGGAGGGACGCGAAAUUCCUUGUUGACGAGAUGAAUGACAGGAAGAAAAAUGUCCCAUCAUUUACUUUUGAGUAUAAAGUGUCGAACAAGAGAUUGAAUUCUUUACUCUGGGCUGACGAAACGACAAAGUAUAAUUACAAUUCAUUCGGAGACGUUAUAUCACUCGAUGCCACAUUCAGCAUGAAUAAGUAUGAUAUGGUUUUUGUUCCGUUUACUGGCAUCGAUAAUCACAAAAAAUGUGUAACAUUUGGUGCUGGUCUUUUAAGUAAAGAAGAUGGAGUUUCUUAUGAAUGGUUGCUUAGAGAUUUUUUGAAAGCUUUUAGAAAACAACCUCAAUUGGUUUUAUCUGAUCAAGAUCCAGCUUUGAAAAAAGCUAUAGAUAAGGUUUUCCCGUUGACACAUCAUAGGUUAUGUAUGUGGCAUAUAACGAAGAAGUUGCCAAAUAAGGUUCAGAAGGAGAUAUCAAGAUCUGAAGAUAAUUGUUUCCAAAAGAAUGUGAUAUCUUCCAAUGGUGUUGACACGAUUAUUGUUAUGGAGAAAACAAAGAACAUAACUAUUAGGCAAACAAAUGAUGUCGAUGUUGAUGACAAAGAUGAGGAAUACAGUUACGAUUGUCUUAUAAGGGAUACUGAAUACACGGUCACACACUCAACCAAAGAUGGUUCGUUCAAAUGUACUUGUAUGCAUUUUGAACAUUUAGAAUCUGAUGUUAAUGACAUUCAGAAUCCUACAGAUAUUCGUAACAAAGGUUUCGGUAGUCGUGGGAAAAGAUUAAAAUCUACAAAAGAGAUGAUUGAGAAGGAAAUCUCGAAACCUAAGAGAAAAUGUGCUACAUGUGAACAGAUGGUUCAUCAUGACAAAAGAAAUUGUCCUCUAAAGAACACCAAGAAAUAA